UUACCCACAAUCCGAGUAGAAAUUCUGUAACUUCCGCAUUGAGAAUAUCUAGACGCGCACGAGCUAGCACUCCACUAGCGGGUGCCCUGCAUAAGCCACGGAACGGCCAGGUCGGCUUACCUAAACCUUCAACAUCUGCCCUUCAAGUUAAUCUUGUCAAACAUUCGCGCCACCAUCACUAACCUUCAUGGUAGAUCCCACCCACCACCGAUCAUGGACGGCAGAGUGCGACUGGAGAGCCUGCAGUUGACCGAGACCCGACCGUCUGCUACAACAUACAUUGUCUACCUUCUCCUGGCAACCUACGCCUUCCACCAACUGCUGGUCUACCUGGACUAUCCCAUCCUGGGACCACAAGAACUGCUUUGGAAUGCCAUCGUGUUUCUAGCGCCUUCUCGCCUCGUCCUGGAUCCGGCGAAAAGGCAGGAACUACAAGCGAACAACAUGCUGUCGCAGACUCAUGCGGCCAAGAGUGAAGCAUUGCGAAGGAUAUUGGGGAUGGGCACUGGUGCGCUCACUCACAAGCUCUCAGGCGGUGAAGGUAUCAUGAGGAGUCUUACGACGACUGUGGCGAGUGCUACAGGCAUGGAGACGACGGAUGCGCCACCAGGUCUGGGCAAUUGGGACAACUCGUGCUAUCAGAACAGCGUUUUGCAGGGUCUCGCCUCUCUGAACUCCCUGCCCGAGUAUCUUGGACGUUCUGCGCAGGCCGAGAAGGAUGCGGACAGUACGAGUGGCAGCCUGUUGGCUACGGUUCGCAAGCUCAACGACGCAAGCAAUAACGGCAAGCAGCUGUGGACUCCGGCGAAGCUAAAGAGCAUGAGCAGCUGGCAGCAACAGGAUGCACAGGAGUACUUCUCGAAGAUCAUGGACGAGCUUGACAAGGACGCCGGAAAGAAGGCGUCGACGGAGAAGGCAAAGCCUGGGCUAGAGAUGAUCCUUGACGAUGCCGAGAAGCAGCACGACAAGUACCAUAGCCAGGAUGGGUCGGCAGUGUCAAACAAGACGCUCAUGAAGAACCCAGUAGAGGGCCUGUUGGCCCAGAGGGUGGUCUGCACUCGAUGCAGAUUCUCGGAAGGCCUGUCAAUGACCCCCUUUAACUGUCUGACCGUUCCGCUGGGCUCAAACACAUCAUACGACUUGCAAGACUGCCUUGACGAGUACAUCAAGUUGGAGGAGAUCAGCGAUGUCGACUGUGCGAAGUGCACGCUCCUGCGAGCACAAGCCCAGCUGAAGCAGAUGCUGCCGCCACCAGCCACAGAUCAGCUGGAGGACGACACCCAUGACCAGCCUGACAACAACACCAUCUCCCUACCACCCGAACUGCGCACUCUCGCCGCGCAGCGUCUCCAAGCCAUCCACGACGCCCUUGAGAAAGACGACUUCUCCGACAAAACCCUCAACGAGACUUGCCAGAUCCCUAAGCGAGCGCACGUCUCCAGCACCAAGACCCGUCAAGCGGUCAUUGGUCGCGCGCCGCAGUCAUUAGUCGUGCAUGUCAAUCGCAGCGUGUUCGAUGAAUUGACGGGCAUGCAGCGGAAGAAUCACGCGGCUGUGCGAUAUCCCCUUAUCUUAGAUUUGGGUCAGUGGGUGCUUGGUAACUUGUCUGACGGAGACGCCCGGCAAGCUUUGCAGGAUUUACGUUCUUUGCAGACGCUGUCAUUGGCGGACGGAGCAGGAGAGGAAGGGCGGUAUGUGUAUCGAUUGAAGGCCGUCGUGACGCAUUAUGGACGGCAUGAGAACGGGCAUUACAUCUGUUACCGCCGACAUCCGCUCCGACAGCAGCAGGACGACGAUGAGAUCGCAGAUCCGGAUCCUAUUUCUUCGCAAGCACAGAAGGAACGAUGGUGGCGUCUCAGCGAUGAAGAUGUGUCGGCGGUGACGGAGGAGGAUGUCCUGGAUCAGGGUGGCGUGUUCAUGUUGUUCUAUGAGCGGGACGGCGACGCUCUGAGUCCGCCGCCGUUGCUCACGCCGGAGGUCGCUGAAGCUUCCGACGUGCGGGCUGGUCCGGAGAAGGUGGUGAGGGAAGAAGAUGCAGUGUUGGCCUCCGUGGCGAUAAAGCGGGACGUUACCGAACCUUCAAUACUAGCGAACGACACCACAGCCUCUGUUGCCCCAACUCAACUGGGCGAUGCGGACAGGACGCCACAACCAUCACCGUUACGCGCGGGUAAUGCACCCUUAUCUAAGCAGACCACUACUAAAGAAGAGUCAGCCACUAGACAAGCGGAGACGGUUCUCGAGUCACCAGUCCCCUCCGCCGACGAGGCACCCCUGACAGGGACAACGACCGAGGAUGACGAGUCGGAAGCUGGAGACAAGGUCACGUCUGUUGACAUACUUCCUGUCCUUACGCCGCCGCCGAUGAUGCGCACGGCGCGCGGUCGGCCACAGGAGUCUGUGGGCGAGGGAGGGUUUGGCAGUACGCUUCGGGCUGUGGCUGCUACUUGAGGAGUCGGUAUAUGGUCGUUUCAGGUUGGCUUGAUUAGCGCGGUGUUGGAUGACCUAUAUGUAACACGACUUUACGGAUGCAGCACUUCGUAGCUGGAUAGCGUUCUAGCGUAGACUUAAGUUCUCGAAACUGAGUGAUCUUGGUGAAG